AUGGCGAGCGGCGGAGAAGGGCGCAAAGGUCCCGAUGACGAAGGUACAAUUAACGUCGCCUCGAAGAAAGCCAUACGCGACAAGCCCAACGGGAUAAUCAAGCUAAAGAAACCUGUGCCCAAGCAAUUAAAGCCUGGUAAUUGGCGAGAUGGUAGCGUUGCUGAUGAUGACAAGAAAUCUAAAUCCUCCGAGAACCCUUCCGUUAUCGUCGGCGCCCCAUCCCCCGGACCUGUUGUCAACCCAUUAGACGAAAUCUCCCGUGAAACCUUUGCGACGGGACGUCCCCUCGAAGAUAGUCUUAAUCUCCAGCAAUGCAAACAUUGUAAAAAAGGCAUCAUAAAAACUGCAGCCAAGGAACAUAUUGCCCAAUGCCUACGGAUUAAAAAAGAGAAAGCUCAACGCAAGAAGGAAGCUAGAGAGGCGAGGGAACGAGCAAAGGAACAAGCACGGGAAGAGGAAGCCCGGAAAGCCGACGAAGAUGGAGAUGCCAAAAUGAAUGACGAUAGUGACGACGACGAUGAUGGCUCGCCAGAGAAAAAGGGAACUAGUGGGAAAGCAACCAAGAAAGUAGGGGGUAAGAAGCCGGACGGCGAGCCGAAGGGCAAGAAACGAAAGGCCGACGGUGACGCCGAUAAGGGACCCAAAAACAAGAAAAAGAAGGAGGAGCCGAAACCAAAGGUCCCCAAGCCGAAAGGUCCUGUCGAUGUCGAAAAGCAAUGUGGUGUCAUAUUACCGAACGGGCAACCAUGUGCGCGGUCUUUAACAUGUAAAAGCCACAGUAUGGGAGCCAAGCGUGCCGUUGCCGGUAGAUCGCUGCCUUACGAUAUGCUACUCGCUGCAUAUCAGAAGAAGAACCAGGCGAAACAGCAAAAGGCCGCGUUGGAUGCAAAUGCCCCGUUAGAGGACGACGAUGACGCUAAUGCCGGACCAGUCGACUCUGAUGAGGAGACAGCAGCUGUCAUGGGCGCACUAGCCCGAUGGAAUCCACAGCCCGUCUUGCCGCCGCCCGUGUUUGAGCCUAUCAAGAGGACAUAUCAACUAGCGCGUCUCCGUGAACAGCUCCACACAGCAACCAAUGGCGGCCGUACCAAUAUUUUCAAGGUUGUUGGAUAUGGUGCUCAGAAGCUCCCCGAAAACCAUACAGAUACGAAUACUAUGGAUCUAGACGACGCACCGGGUGAGCCAGACCUAGGAAUGAUAAGUGCCGUGGGCGUCCGACGGUCCUCCAGUUUUAGUAUGCAGGCCAAUUCACGACGACCGUCCGUAGCAAGCCGAGCUUAG